UAAGUAGAACCGAUUCGGAGUAAAAGAAGUGCGUCAUUUUCAAAUUCAUCGGUCAAUUAUUUUCAUCGCAUGUGUAUUCGGCUGUCGAAGAAUAUCGGUUAUUGUUAUUGUUAUUUUUUAUUUUUUUUCUCAAAAAACAAAGAUCACAAACAACACUCAUUGUGCGUGAAGUCAAAAAAUAAGAAAUGAAGACCAAGAAUAGUUCGUUACUGAGUAAAAUCUGCACUUGCUAUUCGAAAAAUGGGGAGAAUUCGACAGAAAUUCAGCAUAAUCAGGAUGCGGCGGAUCGUGAGAAUAAUUCGUACAGCCCACAACCGAUAAGUGAGCCGGUUACCGUAGUCGUCAGGAAGCCAUGCUGCAAAGAACAGAACAAGGCAGGGAUGUGCGCUCCCCCCGUUUCCCCUAAGAUAAGGGAAGCGUGCAAGGAUCUCGUCCUGUCCGAUGAUCAGCUCAAACUUGUCAUGCAAAAACUUACGGAAGAAAUACAAAGAGGAUUGUCAAAGGCAACGCACAAAGAUGCUGUGGUAAAAUGCUUCACAACUUACGUUCAAGACCUUCCGAACGGCUCGGAAAGAGGAAAGUUCUUGGCAUUGGAUUUGGGCGGUACGAAUUUUCGCGUAUUGCUGAUAACGCUGGACGGUAACAAUUUUGACAUGAAGAGUAAAAUCUAUGCGAUACCUCAGAGCCUUAUGCUGGGAACGGGGGAGCAGUUGUUCGAUCACAUCGCUCAAUGUCUCGCACUCUUCAUCAAGGAUCUUUGUCUGGAUGACGUAAUUCUACCCCUUGGGUUCACCUUCAGUUUUCCCCUGACUCAACUGGGACUCACGCAGGGCAGACUUGUCAGGUGGACCAAGGGAUUCAACUGCAGCGGCGUCGUGGAAGAGGAUGUAGUCGCACUACUGGAGGCGGCUAUCGCCAGGAGAAAUGAUGUGAAAAUCGACAUCUGUGCAAUUUUGAACGAUACAACAGGUACCCUGAUGUCUUGCGCGUGGAAAAAUCACAACUGUCGCAUCGGACUCAUAGUCGGUACGGGAUCGAACGCGUGCUACGUGGAGAAGACGAGUAACGUAGAGUGCAUAAAUCACGAAAGUGGUCAUUACGACAAGCCAAAUAUGCUGAUAAACACGGAGUGGGGCGCCUUCGGGGAAGGCGGUGUCAUAGAUUUCGUUCUUACAGAGUACGACCGGGAUAUCGACGAGAAUUCCAUAAACCCGAAAAAGCAAAUAUUCGAAAAGAUGAUAUCCGGAAUGUACAUGGGCGAGCUGACGCGACUUGUACUUGAAAAACUGUCGAGUAACGGGCUAUUAUUCGGCGGAAAGUGCCCAAGUGGCCUGAAGAAAAGGGGGAAAUUUUUCACCAAAUAUGUUUCCGAGAUAGAAAGCGACCCCAAGGGCAAGUACACGAAUUGCCGACAAGUUUUGGCGGAGUUGGGUAUCCGUAACGCGGGUGACCAGGACUGUGAAAACGUCAGGUACGUUUGCUCCGUUGUAUCACGGAGAGCUGCCCAUCUUUCGAGUGCCGGUAUAGCCACUCUUCUUAACAAAAUGGGCGAGGACAACGUUACCGUUGGCAUCGAUGGAUCGGUCUACAGGUUCCACCCCCACUUCCAUGAUUUGAUGACGGAAAAAAUCGGACAACUACAGAGCCAUAAGUUUGGCCUGAUGUUGUCCGAGGACGGAAGCGGUCGUGGAGCAGCCUUGGUAGCAGCGGUUGCAUCGCGAGACCGGUGAACGCACCUCAUCUGAUCACGUCUGUUUAUCAUCUGAUAACCAUAAUUUUUUACUUAAUUCAAUUAAUCAACGAGAACGUAAUCAGCACAUUUAUGUACAUAGAGCACAAGUGAGUAAGCUUACGGUUAGAUAGGGCGAGAGCAACAGCGCUAUUGCCGAAUCAUAUGGUAUAAAGCGUUUAUGAUCCGGGGCGUGCUGAUUAUUAGGCUGAUUAUUGUAUACAAACAUUAUGUAUGCACAUAGUUGGUGUAAUAUUGAAGUGGAUCAUCGUUAAUAAUUCGGUUCCUAAAGACACGACCUUGGCGUGGACAGUUAAAUAUCUUUUAGUUAUGCAUAGAAUCGAUAUAUAUAAUGUAUAGUAGUGGUUCGGUAUCAUUGGAGUUCUUGUUACAUCCAUAAUAUAUAUUAUACUUAAAAUAAAAUACAUGUUAAACCAUUGACUUAGUUAGCGCAAAUACUUAUAGUCGCGUGUUAUUGUGCGUAAGGACAAUUGACAGCUGUCGCUAUGCCAAAACCGUUAAUUAGUCCGUUGGUAUAACGAGACUUAAGAAACAAUGUACUAACACAAGAUAGAAUCGACUAUUUUCGACACCGCGCUGUAGCAGCUAUUGAAUAAAAUACCUGUUAUACCUUCGGAAUCGUAACAGUCGUGAACCGCUGCUAUAGAUACAUUAUAUUUAUAAUCAAUAAAUAAAUGAGUUGAAUAAGCGAAUGAAUAUUGUGAAUAUCUGGGGAAAAUUUGAACAAAUAAGCGUGAAAGAUAAAUGAAUUCAAAUUCAAUUAGGUAUUAUUCCUACAGUACUAUAGAAAUCAUGUGUGGUUUGAAAAUAAAAUAACGACGGUAAAAGACGAA